CAUGACGUAAUCUAAUCGAGUGCACCACAGUCCGCCAUAAAAAGGUCACGUUUAUGAUAAGUGAUAAGCCGCAGCGUAUUCCGGCCGUUAUCAAUGCGCUGCAGAUCGUCAAUCGUACAAACACCAUAAAAUUAAGCAAACCAAAUCAAAAGUCUAGUCAUUGUCGUGAUUAAUACGUGAUCAAACAUGUGUUUAACUACAAUUUUACACACCUACAGAAUACUCAAAAUGGCGCCGUGGUAAUGAUAAUUCAUGAAUCAUUCAAUAUUCAAUGAAUUCCAUGACUUUGACCCGGAAUCACUUCGUCAACCAACCAACUCAUCACCAGCUUAAAACAUUGUGCGAAACAAACAAAAAUGGAAUUAUUAUCAAGUUUGGUGGGUGGUUAUUGUGAUUACAAUCGCACCAUCUAAAUAAUUCGUGCAAUGCGCAGCGUAAGCAGGACGAAAGCGUCCUGGAGGAUGCGAAUUGUGUGUUUAAUUGUGUCGCCAGCCACGAGUGUUUUGUGUCGCGCGCAGGCAGGAACCGGAAGACGCGAGAGAUAUUCCCGGCGAGGGAGUGUUGCUCGUUUGGCUCGUUACGAGUGUCCUCGAGGGAUGAGAGUAAUUUAUUGAAACGUGCACGUUAAAUUCAAUUUGCGUGCGCCGAGUGAGUGAACAAAGUGUAGCAAAGUGUAGGAAUAGGAAAGUGAACAAACUUAGCUUGGGUCUUGAGUGUGUUGGGCAUAGUUAGUGUCCGGACAACGUGUGCAAGAUGCCGGGGAUUGUGGUGUUUCGAAGGCGAUGGAGUGUCGGAUCGGAUGAUUUGGUUGUUCCCGGAUUGUUUUUGUUUCUGAUGCAUCUUAUUUGGAUGAUCGCGCUAGGUCUCCUCGUGGGCCUGAUCCACUUCGACCUUGAACAACACUGCAUCGUCCUACUAUUCACAUUCGUCCUGAUCUACAUGAUCCUGCUCGGAUUCAACAUGAUCAACGAACUGGGCAUAGCCAUCGUCGCAUUACGCGGCAGCAUAUUAGACACCGCACCGCGCGCAUCAAUGAAAUAUCUACUCUACGUGCGUCUAGGUCUACUCUUACUUGAAACAGGCUGGCUGGUUGCAGGAUGCGUCUGGCUCGUCUAUUAUUACCCAGGAUGUCCUAUCGACAAAGCAAAACAAACUGUUUUAGGGCUUAUCGUGUGCAAUUGGUGUAUAAUAGUCUCUAUAAUCGUGACAGUCUGGUGUACUUACGACGCCGCUGGGCGAUCAUGGGUGAAAAUGAAGAAGUAUCAACGCUCGAUGCGUGAAUCCGAAUCCAAGUUUCAGUACAAACGAUCUGGAAGCACUCGUAAUUGGCGACAGCGAAAAGUGCUGCGUGCGUAUCAGGAUAGUUGGCAUCAACGCUGUCGGUUUCUCUUCUGUUGUAUGCGACCCUCCGAUCGCAAUCGCAACAGUUUCGCCGACAUCGCACGAUUACUCUCGGAUUUUUUCCGUGACUUAGACGUAGUACCGUCAGAUGUCGUUGCUGGUCUUGUCCUGCUGCGAAAAUUUCAAAAAAUCGAAAGAAAAGCCAUAGUAGAACACCGUAAAAAUGACACUUACGAGUUUUUAUCUGGUGUCGCGGUCACGCCAAGGACACAGUUUUUAUCCCUGCAACAAAAUGGCGCUGAUGGUCAAGGUCAGGACUUGGAACUGUUCCAAACCGUUAUACACUUUGCGCAUUUCGCUGUGCGUGCGUACGGAUGGCCGAUCUAUGUGAUGACACAAGAUAUGGGCAUGUGUCUGAUUUGUGCCAACCUGAGGUGUUGUUGCUUUCCAUGUCAGAAACCAUCCGAUGCUGAAAUCGUCGAAGAUAAUUGUUGUAAAUGUAACUUCGCCGCGCUGGAAAAACUACGUGAAUUAGGAGAUAUAGAGAUUAUUUACGCUACGUACCAUGUGGAUGUGGGCGAGACGCCAUUUUUCGUCGCGUUGGAUUAUGACAGACGCAACAUUGUCAUCAGUAUUCGUGGAACACUCAGUAUGAAAGAUAUUUUGACAGAUCUCAACGCUGAAGGUGAAUGUCUACCAGUGAAUCCCGUGCAGGAAGACUGGCUGGGUCACAAAGGUAUGGUUCAAGCAGCACAAUACAUCCUCGAGAAACUAAAAUCAGAGAAUUUAAUCGAACGUGCGUUACACCACAAACCCGAGAAGGAUACAAUGACUUACCAGCUGAUUUGUGUUGGUCAUUCACUCGGUGCUGGCACAGCGUGUAUACUAGGCAUACUACUACGCCAAGAGUACCCGGAUCUGUUGUGUUACUGCUAUAGUCCGCCAGGUGGCUUGCUGAGCAUGCCAGCUGUGGAAUAUACAAAAUCAUUCACAAUAUCCGUGGUGAUGGGUAAAGAUGUUGUUCCGCGAAUCGGUCUACAUCAAAUGGAAGCACUCCGCGCGGAUUUAAUCAACGCAAUCAAACGUAGUGUUGAUCCCAAGUGGAAAACAAUCGCGUGCAGCGUCCUCUGUUGUGGAUGUCGGCAUGAACCGACGUCAGCAGUCGAGAUGUCAACCGGCGACGCGACUGUAACCGAAUACAUGAAGGCCAAGGAUAAAGCGCGCUGCUUCAAGGUUCAUCCACAGGAUAGUUCCAUUGCAUUAACAUCACAUCAACCGUUAUAUCCACCAGGGAAGAUAAUCCACGUUGUGCGACAUCAUCCAUCGAAAGGAGAACAGAAAUACGAAACAAGAUGGAGGCAAGCGUUGAGCAGUAAAGAACCCGUGUAUCAGGCGUUAUGGGCGCAGAACGUCGAUUUCGACGAAGUUUUGAUCUCGCCGGUGAUGAUUCAGGAUCACAUGCCUGAUAAGGUCCUGGAUGCGCUGAAUAAGGUUAUAACAACACCAGGCCCAAGAAAACCACAACGUACACAUCCCAGUCUGGAUCUUCUUCUGAAAACUGUCAAAAAGAUUCACUACGUCCGGUUUUUCAUCCCCAACCGGAAAGUCCUUCAACUAACAAACUUCUACUGGAAACUUCAUUUACAAGCCUCCAGAGCCCUUCGGCGCCUGCUAGUAACGCAUCAUCAUCAGUAUGGCUUUCAUCAUCCUCUAAGUAAACAUAACCUAUUUCUAACAAGUUCUACUAAACCCAACAAAACAAUGUCGUUGGAUUUACCAUCAGCGCACCCUGGUGGUAAAAUAGAUUUAAUCCAUGAUGAUUGGUUCGGUUUGGCACCACUUGCAAGUCCUGAAAGUUUAUCAGAAUUGAGUUCGAUUUCAUCCAGAGCUAGUUUCCUUGGUUUGGGAUUAUCGUUAACUCCGACGACGAUAGGUGGCAUACCUAGAGUCGGCAGUUUUGAAUUAAAAACACCGAAAGUCAUGCGUCGCACACCCAAAAUCAACAAUAACCUAUCCACAUGCGCAGAUGACAUUAAAAACGUGCGAUAUUAUGAAAAAUUAGGUCAAAUAUCAAAACAUUUGACAUUUGAUGAAACUGACGCAUGCGCAGAUGUUACUUUAGGUUUAUUAGGCAGCAACACACAUAUUACAAACUCCAGCAGUAAUCUAUCCUAUGAAUCUGCAAGUAGUCAUGUUGAGGAUGUCAAAAAUGAUUUCAUUGUAGCGACAUCUAGCGACGACUUUCAAUCAGUUGAAGAUAUACUGGAUUCAGUGAUGCAGUCAGCUGGCUGUGCGGAUUUCUUCAAUUCGAAGUCAACGUUCCUCGAAACACACUUUGAUGAAGCGUUUGAGUUACAGAAUCAACCUUCACAAGGUCAAAUCACUUUGACAUCACCCCUGACACCGACACCAACGAAUGAUCCUGAUUUACUAUCGAAUUUCGCGAUUGAUUUAACUUUGGAUUCUGAACAUAGGUCACAGGCGAGUUAUGAAGUGGCUACGACUGCUUCCAAUUCAAAUUCCAAGGCGAAUUCGAUUGAUUCGGGAUCCAUGUGUCGUACACCAUCAGAUCAUGCGAAGAAUGUCACUUUUAACCCGCAGGUUAUUAAUAUUGAGGAAUUACGAGCGCCGCAAUGCUCACCAAAGCGUAGAAAGUGGAAUUUUAUGUCUACGACACGAAAAAGAGACUUUCAACCAUCACCGCCAUCUAGGAGUGACUUCCAACCGAAAACUAUUCUGUCAUCUUCUAAAAGAAGGAAUAGUUUUAAUACUUCAGAUGAGUUUUUCUCACGUAGUGAAGCAUUACCUCUGUUGACUAAUCUAGGCGCUGGUAGUGAGCGGACAUCACCGAACUUUGUCCGACGGAAAAAAUAUGUCUAUCCCACCGGGAUUAGUUAUAUCGGGAAAGGGAGCGAGAGCAGUGUGUGAAUAUUUGGUUGCAUAACUUAGCGUAAUGAAUUUUAACAUUUUGUAUAUUUGUAUACUGUUUAUAUAUUAAUAUGACUCGGGAUGUAAUGUUUUGACAGUCAAUUAUAUGAUAUGAUAUAUGAUUGUGUAGAUGGCGCUGUCAAAUGAGUUAAAAUGUCCGAUUUCAAGUGCGUCCGCAAGAAGCAACGUGUUUCCGUUCUAGAAGAUACAAUACACACAGUAAAUAUAAAUAUUUAUAUAUAGAUUGAUAUAUAUGAUAUAUAGUUAUUAUUAAUGUUAUUGUAUUUAGAUAGAAAUGAUUUACUUAUUGUAAGAUUUUAAUGAAUAACGAAGAUGAUGUCCAUGUGUGCGAUGAUGGUGAGUGAUGAGUGAAUAUGUGGAUUUGUGAGGAUAAUAUGUAUGAUUUAGGAGUUUAGGGAUGUGGAGGGAGGUUAGGUAGGAUAAAAUUAACAUUGUUGUACUAAAUCUAGAGAGAUAUUAUUUAAAUAAAAAAGGAGUGGUGAAUUAUGAAUAAAUAAUGAUUACUUAUAUAUAA